UAAAACCAAAAAAAAAAAAUAUCCAUUUUCUUAGUCCAUGGCGUCUGCGCCUCCCUUUCCCUUCCCUCUUCUCCUGCGGUCGUCGCUUCACUCCCCCUUCGCUCUUUCUGCUGCUGGCCUUACGAUUCAGAGACCCUCCGUCUCCCGAAGGCAUCUCACACUGUUCCCGAUUAGAGCCCUCAAGGAAUGGAGGGAGUACGAGGAGGCCUUGCGGGACAAGGACCUCGCUCGCGCCCUCCGGUUCUUGAAAUCCGAGGCGGCGAUGGAGCCCCUUCGACCACCGGAGGAUUCUUCGGUUGUUUCGGUGACGUAUGCACCCUCCAAUUACUCGAUGCCAGAGCGGGGCUGGGAGGUUCUCGACACCUGCUUGAACGCAGAUGACAUGCGGCUUAUCGGCAGCGCCUACGCCUUCCUCCAGGAUUGGGGCUUCUUGCCCAAUUUCGGCAAAUUUAGGAACAUUGUUUUGGAGGGACCAAGGGAAGUGACACCAACUUUUCUGAAGGAAUCAACUGGUUUGGAAGCUUCUAAGCUUGCUCCCAAAAAAUGGGGCCUUUCUGGAAGCUCCAGGCUUUUGUUGGUUGGAUUCCUUGGAGGUUUUUCUUUACUGCUUUCCAAUGGAAUAGACAUAAGGCCCAACUUAGCCGCAAUACUAGUUUUAGGGAUGCUGGAUGCAGUUUUUCUUGGUGGUAGUGGCUUUGCUCAAGUUCAAUGUUUUUGGCCACCUUACAAGCGUAGAGUGCUUGUUCAUGAAGCGGGGCAUCUACUUACCGCAUACCUCAUGGGUUGCCCUAUUCGAGGGGUCAUUUUAGACCCAAUUGUUGCCAUGCACAUGGGUAUUCAGGGACAGGCAGGGACUCAAUUUUGGGAUGAAAAGCUGGACAAUGAACUUGCAGAGGGUCGCCUUAGUAGCACUGCAUUUGAUAGGUAUUGCAUGGUACUUUUUGCUGGAAUUGCAGCAGAAGCUCUUGUUUAUGGAGAGGCUGAAGGUGGAGAAAACGAUGAGAACUUGUUUAGGAGUUUAUGUGUUCUCCUUCGACCUCCACUGAGCGUCUCAGAGAUGUCAAAUCGAGCACGAUGGUCAGUAAUGCAAUCAUACAAUCUUCUAAAGCGGCAUAAAAAAGCACACAAAGCUGCAGUUCAAGCUUUGGAAAAUGGCCAGAGUCUUGGAGUUAUUAUUAGGAGAAUCGAAGAAUCCAUGUCUUCUAGUAACUGAAAGCUGGAAUUUCAUCUACUUGCUAGGUUAUUAAACACGACCAUGGGUCCUACAUUUCGGCUGGUGUAGAAUGAGGAACUAAUUGUAUCAAAAAGAUGGAUCUAGUGACAGAAGGAAUGAAAAUAAGAUUGUAGGUAGGCGCUCUCAACCAUGAAAUCAUCUCAACUAUUAUACAAUUCACUGUGGUGAAAAGUUGGAUCUAUCUGGAACUCUGAUGUGGAUGAUGCAAUACUUUUGUAUUCCAGAUUGAUUGAAAGAAAGAGUGGCAUACUUUGCAACUUGUCAUAAAUUGCUACAGUUAGUUUUAAUUUUUCUGAAUAUGUUUAGAGGAAAUAGCACCAAAAAAGACUUCAAAAA